AGAGAGUGGGCGUGUCUAUGAUGCUGAUGUAAACACAGAAUAUAGCAGCGAGAUUGACCUCCAUCCUGCCUGGCGAUUUUUGUGACGAAUACGUUUUAAUGUGCGGACAUCAUGGAUUCAUACAUCAACGUCAAACUCAACUUCAGGGGUAAUUCUAAGAAUUUCCUCCUGUCGGGGACGGAGACCAAGAGCUGGGACUCGAUGGAGGCCAUGGUGAAGCGCUCCUUCAGCUUGUGCAGUCUUCAGCUCACUUACUUUGAUGAGGAGAACGAGGAGGUGUCCAUCAACAGCCAAGCGGAGUAUGAAGAAGCACUCAAGAGUGCAUCCAGACAGGGUCAUCGUCUGCACAUGAACGUGUAUGAGACCAGGGGCCACACAGUGAGGGGGUCUAGUACUAAGACCAGUACUGCAGAAGCAAAGAGAGGGUUCAGACCCCCACAGAACUGUCCCACUAUCACACACCUGGUCACUCGCAAGAUCCAGGCUGCAGUGCCAGAGCAAGGACUGGUGAUGAUGAAAGGUACCAAAGAAGAAGACAAGACUCCACCUGCCUGGUUUACUUCCUACAUGGAGAAGUUUAAAGACCAGGUGGUGCGCGAGGCUGUGGAGAAGAUCUGCAGAGAGUUUUCUGGACAGUGUUGUAUCCACAAGCCUCUGAGUGGAGGAGCUGAGGGAGGAGCAUCCACCCAGGUGAUACCUGAGGUGUCUUCUUCUACCCUGCCUGGAUCGCCGUCCUCCUCCACCCCUCCUUGCUCCUCAUGCAGGGGGCAGACCACAGGUGGAGGCUACCAAUGCAGUGUGUGUACAUCUUGUACUCUGUGUGAGCCUUGCAGUUUCUCUCAUGACCCCAGUCACAAUUUGGUGAGGGCCAGAACUCCCCUCUCCAUCCCCGAACAUGGAUCACCUGCCCCCGACCACAACAGGUUCUACAGGCGGGGAGACCGCAGCUUCCGUAAGGCCGAGAAGCAGCGUCUCAAAGCAGAAAAACGUUUGUUGAAGGCCGAGGUCAAGGAGAUCCGUAAACAGUUACGGAUGGAGAGGCGUGGCCUACAGUGGAGCUCCUCCCACCAUGAUGCCACUUCUUCGCCUGUCCUCCUUCAGCCUCGCGCCACACAGCACAACAGCCCCGAGAGACCAAAGCGUCCAUGUCCUCUGAUGGUUCCUGCCAUGACAGCCACAUUUCUGGAUGAGAACCUUCCUGAUGGCACCCGCCUGCGUCCUGGGACCAAGUUCAUCAAGUACUGGAAGAUGAGGAACACUGGAACUAUGAGCUGGAGCGCUGACACCAAGCUGAAAUUCAUGUGGGGAAACCUGGCUGUGGGAUCUGGAGAUCGUUGGAGAGAAGUGUCUGUUCCCUUUCUCCAGCCUGGACAGGUUGGCAUCGUGAGUGUGGCCCUAUGCGCUCCCUCGGUGGACGGUUCCUACACCUCCCACUGGCGUCUGGCCCAUGCUGGAGAGCAGUUUGGACCCAGAGUCUGGUGCAGCAUCUUAGUGGACCCUUUGGCCCCUGCCCCCAUGCUGGCUGACGGGAUCCUGGUAUCUCCUUGUGUUACACCACAGGGUAAGAACCCAGUACCAAAGGAUGGAAAAGCAGGUACAGCAUGGAGAAAGUCUGUGGACAGUGGAGAAGAGUACUUCAUCCCCUCUGUGGACCUGCUCACUGCACAGGAUCUUCUCUCUUUUGAGUUGUUGGACAUCAACAUUGUUCAAGAGUUGGAGAGUGCCCCAAAUAACACUCCUACAGACGGGACUCCUUGCAUCUCACCUCUUCCUCAAGAUGGUUACCUGCAGGACAAAGUCAGCCCUUCUCUGGGGCUGAUCCAAGAAGAGACGGAGAUGAGCAUCAUGGACGUCCCUGGUGAGGUGGCUGCUGGUGUGGAUGACAGCGGCGUGCCAGCACAAGAGGAGGGCGAGGAGGACAUCAGUGGCACUCAGUUUGUCUGUGAGACGGUGAUUCGCUCCAUGGCCUUGGAGGAGGCCCCUGAUGGCCCCCCGAUGAGAGCAGUACUACGUGGCAGCCAUGACCUUCUGGACAGAGACACUGGGGGCAGCGGCCAAAAGUCGUCCCUGCCGUCUCCUCUUAAAGCCUACCUACCUGCUCCCCAGUCUACAGCCCAGGUGGCCGGUCCCAGCUCAGUGCCAGUACCACUCCACACUCCAACCACCCCUCUGGAGUGCAGCACAAAAGCUGAAGGCGAGGGUCCGACAUGCAGUGUGCCGCCCACAGGAAGGCAAAAUGAGAAAGAAAUAGACAUCAACAAAGGCAGGGGAAAAGAGGAAGGAAGGAGGAGUCGCUCAUCUUCCACCUCCUCUGAGGAUUACAUCAUCAUUCUUCCUGACUGCUUUGACACCAGCCGGCCACUAGGGGAGUCCAUGUACAGCUCUGCUCUCUCACAACCUGGGGAGAUCCCAGCCAGCAACCCUCAAGAGCCAGAAGCCCAGACCUCAGAACUUGCGGGGAGCAACCCCCAGGAAGAAGAUGCGCAUGAGUCCACAGUUCCAGAGAUGGAUUCGGAGACGUUGGGCAAAAGCAGUGCUAACGACAUGCUUUGCACAUCUCAGACACUUGAUGAUGAGCCGCUGACACCUGAGGUGCUGAUGCCGCCUACAGCCGUUCUUACACCGAGCCCAGACGGUUUUGGAAAAGCAGCAGGAGAAGAAGGUGCAGCUGAGGAAGAAACAGAGGAGUGUGAACUUUAUCAAACUCAUGAUAUAUUUAGUGUGGAAAAAAAAGAGUCGGAUGUUUCUCAAGCCACAGCAGACUCUGAUGAAGACACCACUGAGGACCCCAGGCAUGCAGGUGUGACCAGUGACCUGGUCAAAGGAGCUCUGUCGGUCGCCGCCUCCGCCUACAAAGCUCUAUUCACUGGACAAGGCCCCACUCAGCCCCCAGUGGACCAGUGGACCCAGGACACCAUGAUGGCCGUGCUGCUGGAGAUGGGCUUUGGGGACCGGCCCCUGAACCAGCGCCUGCUGCACCAACACCAGUACCACCUGUUGGACGUGGUCAACGAGCUGGUGCAGUUGACUGACAGUGACUGCUACUCCACACCUUACUGACACCACACAGGUGUGACACAGGUCUGACGCAGGUGUGACACAGGUGUGACGCAGGUGUAGUCACAACCUUAUUCCAAAAUGGAAGACUUUGGUUUUUGUCCUGGUAAUGACCAUGUGAAAAGUUGUUUUAAUUGUUGCAAAUGUAGAAAAACUCAAAAAGGACAUGUGUUCAGAUCUUCUGCUCAGUACUUAGUCAAUGCACCUUUGGCGGCAAGUCUUUUUGAAAAACCUUGGCACACCUAUCUUUGGGCAUUUUCUCUCUUUCCUCUUUGCAGCACCUCUCAAAAUCCAUCAGGUUGGAUUAAGUUUUGGUUUUCAUGUAGGAUGUCUCUGUACAUUGCUGCAUUCGUCUUUCCCUCCAUCCUGAGUACUCUAACAGUUCCAGGCUCUGAAAAGCAACCCCAGAGCAUGAUGCUGCCUGCCACCAGCAUGCUUGACUGUAGAGAUGGUAUUGGAUCUGGUUUCCUCCAAACAUCCACGCCAAAGACUUCAAUCUGUGUCUCAACAGACCAGAGGAUUUAGUUCCUCCUGGUCUGAGAGUCUUUCAGGUGCAAACUUUUGACCAAGAAAUGUCUUCCGUCUGGGCGUGAUUGGUGGAUUUUCCUUUUGGAAGGUUCUCCUCUCUCCACAGAGGAAAGCUGUUGCUCUGACAGAGUGACCAUGGUCUUGGUCACCUCCCUGACUAGGGUCCUCCUCCCCUGAUCACUCAGCUCUAGGAAGAGUCCUGGUGGUUCCAAACUUCUUCCAUUUUUGGAUGACGGAGAUCGCUGUGCUCAUUGGGAUCUUCAAGGCCGCAGAUCUGUACCUGAGGUCUACAGCCCGUUCCUUUGACCUUCUUUUUGGUUUGUGCUCUGCAUGGGACCUUAAAUAUAGACAGCUGUGUCCGACCAACAGAAUUUAGCACAAGUUGACUCCACUGACGCUGUAAGAACAUCUCAAUGAGGACCUGUUGCACAUUUUCAGCUUCAAGGGCCAGGCUGUGAAUAUUAAUGUAAUUUCUUACUUGUUUAUUUACAUUUGCAAUAAAAAAAACCUUUUCACAUUGUCAUGAUGGGGUAUCGUGUGUAGAAUUUUGAGGACAAAAAUGAAUGUGUUCCUUUUUGGACAUAUAUGUGAAAAUGUGGGGAAAGUGAAGCAAGGCCAAUACGUUAUCAUGGGGGUUUCAGGAGGGGUCCAAGCACCAAUACUUUAUCAUGGGGGUCUCAGCAGGGGUCCAAGCACCAAUACGUUAUCAUGGGGGUCUUAGCAGGGGUCAUCUAAACACCAAUACGUUACAUGGGUGUCUCAGCAGGGGUCCAAGCACUUUUCAGUGCCUCUUGUCUUGAAACGCUUCCCUGAAGUACUUUUUUUUAUUUUUUUUUACUUCUUUUUUUCUUCACUCCACUUACUUCAGAAAGACACACAGACUCGCACACACACAGAUACACACACUAGGUGUAUUCAUUGUACACAAAAAAAUGACUUUACUUCAAUGAACUUAUUGCUGAUGAAUUUGAUUUGAAAGUGUUUAUUAUUUCUGAUUUGUUUUGUAGUAAACAUUCUGGUAGUGACGUCUGUGGAAACAACACAAUCAUUUUGGUACAAAGAAGUCUUAUUUGUAAAAGCACUUUAUGUAUUACACUAUAUGUAAUAUGUAUUACACUGUAUGUAAUACUGUAUGUAGUAUUACACUGUAUGUAAUACUGUAUGUAGUAUUACACUGUAUGUAAUAUGUUAGUAUUACAUACAUAUGUAGUAUUACACUGUAUGUAAUAUAUAGUAUUACACUGUAUGUAAUAUGUAGUAUUACACUGUAUGUAAUAUGUAUUACUUUAUGUUGUGGGGAACGUGUUGUGUUCUGUCUAAUAUUUAUUGACUUUAUUUAAUGAUGCUGACAAAUAAUCCUAGUAAGUAAUCAUAAUAAUGAGUUAUUAGUAAUCACAAUAAAAAGUUAUUACUAAUCACAAUAGAGUUAUUAGUAAUCACAAUAAAUAGUUAUUACUAAUCACAAUAAAGAGUUAUUACACUGAAUGAUAACAAAUGGAAUGAAUGGCACACUCCUAAUAAAAUACUACUGACUAUA